GCAUUCCUCAACAUUCUCCUGGGAGACAGGGAGCAUCAGGGACUCUCUCUGACAUCAAGCAUGAGUCUUAUCACUGCACGUAUGCACUCCUGAUGUUGUAUAUAACACUGGCAAGUUAGACAUCGACUAGACACCCACGACGACGACGACAACUGCGCCGCACAAACUUGUCCCUCUACAACUGCCCUACACUCUUAAAUCACAUAUUCAUACCUAAAGAUGGCCCCUGCUACCGCAGAGGCGAUAGCCGCCCGUGCUAAGGAGCACCAAGAUAUCCUGGAUGAGCUCGCUACGCUCGAAUAUGCCCCUGCUGCGUUGAGGGAUAACGAAGCGGCUAUCAAGAGCUUGACUGAGAGGAUCGACGCCAGCAGCCAGCAGAUCAUCGUUUUGCAUAAGAAGACGAACCGAGAACACAAGGAUUUUGCUAAACUGCAGAAUAGCGCUGGACGUAGGCUGUGGGUCAAGAUCAAGCAUGGAGGGAAGAAGGACGCGGUAGAGAAGAAGCUCGAGAAGGAGGAACGCGAGUUCCUCGAAGCGCUCGAGCAGGAGCAAGCGGCCGAGGAGGUCAGAGCGGCAAUGCAAACGGAGAAGGACAGCUUAGCAAGCAAGAAUCCGGAACUGCAGCAGAAGGCGGGAAGGCACAAACAGCUCAAGACGAAGCUAGAAUUGCUGUACCGCAGUUUGUUCGAGGGGUUCACUCCCGAUUAUCCGUAUGAGGACGAAGCCGAGGAGAGGGUCCGGCAAGCAGAGGACGCGAACACGAACUUCCAGACCAUUGUAAACCGUGAAUCCCAGGUUAUGACACUCCUCACCAGUGCUAAGACAUGUCUAAACAACACCACCGAUCUCCUACACACUGCCCAGGGUUGGAACUACAACAACAUGUUCGGCGGAGGACUCUUUGCGGACAUGUUCGAGAAUAACGCUUUGAUUGAUGCCAAGGCAUAUGCUUGUCGUGCGCAAGCGCUGGUACAAGAAGCGAAGAAGAAACAACCAAUGGUGGCGGAUAUCAAUGAUGUCGAUGUUGCACAACUCGACUUUCUCGUCAAUAUCGUCUUCGACAACGUCUUUACUGAUAUCAUGUUUGCGGAACGCAUUCAGACCUCCCUUGCUACCGUUCACUAUGGUCUGCAGCGGGUGCAGAACGAUCUGAACCAGUCGAACCAGCGACUGACCGUGGCCAACUCCAACAUGCGUCAAGCUGCGUCCACGCUCACACAGCGCCGCAAAGAACUGGACGAGAUCCGGCGGACGAUCCUCCAAUCGCUUCUUAAUCACCAGCCCUUGCCAGUCAUCUACACGGAGGGACAGCCUGUCGGCGGCGGAGAGCAGUUGCCAGCGUAUGAACGCGUCGAGGGCGGCAAACCUCAGUCUAUUCACCUCCUUCCGGUCCACCUCCAGGCUCUGGCUCUCGCCCCACUUCCCGGUCGACGACUCCCCAGCCCCAAGGCCGGCCGGUAUCGCCAAACUCUGUCAACCGCCUGAACCCGUACGCCGCUGCGUUGCUCGCUCGUGCGCAGGCAGAGUCUCAGGCGGGGUCGUCUACGUCCCUUGUUGGUGGGGAUGAUAGGACGGUGAGCCAACUGAUCCGGGAUCGGAGGGCAAAUGCUGGCGUGUCUGCCCUUGCACCGGACAAGGUACCGGAGAAGAAUUCUGUCUGAGCUUGAUCGCUGAGAUUUGUAUUUUUAUUGAUCGCUUCCGAUUGUCUGUUGUAACCCUGUGUAAUAUCGUCUGUUGUUUGUGUUUGAAGGUGUCCUCGAACGUUGACUGUUCGCCAGCGGGGCACACCGAAGGUUUUGACUUGAAGAGGCGGUCUUCAUCUUUUUUCUCAGACAAGUCCAACAAGCACUUGAAAAAGUCCAGGACCGUAAAAACCUGAGUAUCUUUGCCCUUGACGGCCAUGUUUCUUGCCAACACUAGAAUCGUUUCGAGGAGCACUUUACCACGCUCCCCCUUGUCAACGGCUGGCGAGGAGAACAUUUUCUCGAGAAGUUGGACGGGUGGGGUAUCCUCCUCAUCCAAGAUUUGCGCCGCAGCCUGUGCCACUAUCGGCUUGCUUGGGGCGACCGUAUAAAGUUCCGUAAAAUCUUCAGAUACUCCGAGGCACAUUCGCAGAUGGUGCGCGACUUGGUACGCAUCAAAUUGUGAGGGAUCAGCGGAAUUGUAGUCCAUCUGGUCCGAAGGCUGGUGUAGAUAUCGCGUGCUCCGCAGGUCUAGAGACACGAUGUGCGAGAAUACCGCAAACGCCUCCUCUUUGGUCAGGGACCAGUGUUUGGGGUUGUUUGUCCACUUGCCAAUGAGUUUCUGCCAUGCAAACUGAAUCGCUUCGCUGAUACCCUUAAUCGCAUACUGUGCAAACAGAUGCCUAGAAAGUAACGCCCGAUAUUUCACAGUCGAGACCUCAUUGAUGUUUGGAGUUUGGUCCGCCGGGGGCCUAGGGAAAGGAAAUGUCGUAAAGGGACGCAAAAGUCUAAGGUACCCGCAUUUACUCUGUUGGAUGCAUCCAAAGCCUUAGGCCCGGCGAAGGACACUACAUGAGUCUCUGUCGAGAGGAAGAGACUCAUGCAGGAGAGGUCUUUUUGUGCCCUAAGGACUCGUCGUAACCAGUUGAAGACGGAGCGCUGAUCGGGACCGUUUGUGUGUUUGUUGGUCAAGGAAUGAGCUUCGUCGAAAGCGAGAAUGAGCCACGGCCCCUUUUCUUGGUUCUUGGGUUUCAGAAUUUCUUCGAGGGUAUUGAAUGCUUCGCACAUGUGCUUUAGAAAUGGGUCGUCUUCUGACUGACGCGAAAGCAAUCGAGAGCCCCCUGCUUUGGUCAACGUCAAGGGCACGUUUGCAGCUAGGCUUUUCGCAAGCUUGAUGACAUCAUCCAGAAACUUCUUGCGCUUGAGGCCCACACUUCUGAAUGUUUGGCCUUCGGUCAUGAACUCCCGGAAUUUCCCGGCGAUUGUCGCUGUGUUACACUCCGAUAUUUCAUUGCCGAGAAUCUUCAGAGUUGUCGCCAGGGAACGAUAUAGUGCAGCAAGGAAACACAUUAAAUUUCUUUUACAUCGUUUGCCGUCUCGCUCCAGGGUCAGGUAUUCCAGAACGUUGCGAUCUGCCGGCGGGAAACCACCACUGCUCUCUCGCAGAACCAGCAUGACAACAAGUCGGUGCUUGGACAUUUCGUCCACGCUUCUCGUUUUGCCCACGCCGGAGGAGUUUACAACCGGGAUGUACAGAGCAUAAUAGGGGUGCGUAAGUUCUUUCCGGAAUGUGUAAUAUUGAGAGUCUAUAUGGUCAGACAAAAGGUUGUGGACAUCGCCUUCGAACGGAGAGUUCCAGGUGCUCUUAAUUUUCCUAUGGUCUUCUUCUGACACAAGAUCCGCCACCCGCUCGUUAGCCACUUCAUCAGAAUUAUCAACCAACAAAUCGAUAAUCUUUCUGACCCAAUUUAAGUUCGACUGCUCAUUCUCUUCAUCGAUGAUCUCCAUCAUCCUCUCUGUCGACUUCUCCAAACGGUCGGAUGAUAUAUGUAGAGUAGCUAUGGCUUGGUGGUGUAUUGCGAGGUACUUGAAAUCGCGUGCCACGUUGGGUGCCAUGGCGUUGAACCUUUCCUGCUUUUGUUUCAUUGUGUCCAUCACGCGUUCGGCGGGCGUGAGCAGUCGACGUUUUGAGGCUGGCGCAGAAGGAGAGUCACCCCUCUUUCUCUUCCCGGUUGUGGCCGGAACGGUAGACGACUGUUCACGGGAUGGUGGAGUGAUCGGCGGGGAGGGAUGGUCUCG